GGCUCUUUCCAGGUCCCAAACAGACAUUUCAAAUGUUUCGCAGCUCUUCUCUUCCUUCUCGAUCUUUCACCCCCACUCUGUCUCUCUCUUAAACCCUCGCACCGCUUUCUCUCUCUAAGUCCCAAACUUCAAUCACAAUCGUUUCAGUUUUCACUCCCAUACCCUAUGCUCUCGUUGCUUUCUGCAUGUAUCUGCCGCUUCUCAGUUUUCAGAUUCUCUUCAGCGGAGAUUUGAUGUUUUGUUUAGGGCGGCUCCGUGUUAUUGAGUUUCUUCAGGUUUGAUCUCCAUUUAUUUGAUUUAGGCUGUUAGUUCUCAGGAUGGAAGAAGGAUUUAGAUCAAUCAAUAAUUGUAAGGAAGGGAGGGUUGAGUUGGAUUUGAAUGUGGAGCCCAUGGAGGAAACAGAGAAUGCGUUUGUCAAAACGGACCAUGUUUCUCACCAGAAAUACGAUUUCCAACCUCUGGAGAUAAAAUUGGAAGACAGGGGGAGUUUGGUGAAUGUUAAGUCUGAAAACGGUGCAUGUUUAGCUGCCUCUGCCACUGCAUGUGUAGAAGAGUCAAAGUCUAUCCGAUGUGAUGGUGAUGCAGUCAGAGAAUGUAAUUUAGCUGAUAACCGGUACUUGCCCAUUAUGUCAAACGGGUCAGGCUGUGUAAAGGAAGAACCUUACACAUCACAACAAGUUUAUGUUCGCAAGGAAAAACUUAAGUCACAUGAUGAUUUUUAUGAGAGCAGGCAAGUGGAAAAGAGACUGACGGGGAGGAAAAGAAAAAAUGCUGAAAAUUCUCAAGGUUACAAUGAGGAAGCUAAGAGAAAGAAAGACAACCAUGAAUCUUCCAAGGAUAAAACUGGAAAUCUUGGAAUGGGAUUGAGGUCAAGGAUGAAUUGUAAAAGCCCAGCUGAGACUCAGCUUAUGGAAGCAAUAGAGGAGGAUCAUAAGAUUGAUAUUGAUCAGCCACAAGAAGCAAUAAAGGAUAGUAAGAAAGUGAAGGGUCGUCGCGGCCGCCCUCCCAAGAUCCGUGACAAUGACAAAUGUGCCCCUCCGAUCAGUAAGGACAAGAAAAAGGUGAAUGAAAGACAGAGUAAGCCCCUAAAGACACCCUGUCAAGACGGGUCUUCAGAAAUGGUGACUAUUAAGAAAGAUCAAGAACGUGAAUCGAAAGAAAAGUAUAGCAAUAAUAAUCCGGAUGGAAACACGAUUAAGAGCUCUAAUAUGUCUAUAAAAUUGAAAGAGGCAGAUGGAGGUCGAAGGGCACAAAGGCAAGUAGUUAGAGAUCAAAUUGUUGAGAUUUUGAUAAAGGCUGGAUGGACUAUAGAGUAUAGGCCGAGGCAAGCAAGGGAAUACAGGGAUGCGGUUUAUGUAGAUGGCAGUGGAAGAACACACUGGUCAAUCACUUUUGCCUAUAAGAGACUCAAAGAUAAAGUUGAUGCUGGAGCUGCAGAUGCUAAGACCCUUUCUGCAUUCACUGUUAUUCCUGAAGAGGUACUCGAGAUACUAUCAAGAAAGACUCAGGGAAAGAAAGAGAAGAGUGUUAAAAAUGGGAAAGGAAGCAAAAGUGUUAAGAACCCAAAAGGCAAAGAAAAAUUAAAUAAUAAACCCAAAUUUAGAGACAGAUCGCUAAAGAAAACUGUCAAAACAAAUGUGCACAGUCCUGAUCAUCAUACAUCCAAAAAGGGAAGUGCAAGGUCAAAAAGAGAUGGGCGAAGUAGAAAGUCAUAUGCUUUGUUGGCACGUAGAUCUGAGGAAAUGUCUGCCGAUCAAGAAGGUGAAGGAUUUGUGGUUUAUGAUGGAAAACGAAACCUUCUUUCGUGGAUGAUUGAUUCGGGGGUAAUCAAAUCCGGUUCAGUAGUACAAUACAUGAAUGGUGAAAGGGCAAAAGUGAUGCGAGAGGGCAAGAUUAAUAGUGAUGGAAUUUGUUGUUGUUGCUGUGGUCAAACAUUUGCGCCUUUUGAUUUUGAGACUCAUGCGGGAAGUACACUAUGCCAGCCUCUUAAACAUAUAUGCAUGGAAUCUGGACGUUCUCUUCUACAAUGUUUGGCAGACUCGUGGAGGGGCAAACAGGAAGAGUAUGAAAGCAAGAAAUUUCACGGGGAUGUGGAUGCUGAUGACCCAAAUGAUGAUACUUGCAAUAUAUGUGGUGAUGGUGGUGAUUUGAUCUGCUGUGAUGGCUGCCCUUCAACAUUCCAUCAGAAUUGCUUAAAUAUCCAAAAGUUGCCUUCUGGAGAUUGGCGAUGUGUAUAUUGUUCAUGCAAGUUCUGUGGGGCUGUUGCUGUUGCUGGUGAUGUUGAUGGCCAUACCACUGUCUCUGACUUACCCUUGUGCCUUUUGUGUGAGGAAAGAUUUCAUUUUUCUUGUAAGCAGGAUGAGACUGCAGAUAAUUUGGAUUCCAUGGGGUUGACUUUGACAUUUUGUGGACAAGAGUGUGAGAAGCUUUAUGAGGGCCUGCAGGCACUUCUUGGGGUGAAACAUGACAUGGAUGAAGGAUUUUCAUGGACAGUUCUUCAUCAGUCCUCUGUCGGGAAGGAGGAUGAAAUAGGAAGGGAUAAUAACAUGUUUAAAGUAGAGUGCAACUCAAGAUUAGCUGUUGCAUUCUCAGUCAUGGAUGAGUGUUUUAUGCCUAUUCUUGAUCAGCGAAGCAAAAUGAAUGUGAUUCAAAAUGUUGUCUACAACAUCGGAUCAAAUUUUAAACGGCUGAAUUUCUGUGGGUUCUAUACUGUCAUUCUGGAGAAGGGUGAUGACCUUGUUGCUGCUGCAUCCAUAAGGCUACAUGGGAAUGUUUUGGCUGAGAUGCCAUUUAUAGGUACACGGUACAAAUAUCGUCGCCAAGGGAUGUGUCGCAGGCUCUUAUGUUCCAUUGAAACGGCACUUAGCUCACUUGGGAUCAAGAAAUUGGUCAUACCUGCCAUAACUGAACUUAAUGAAACAUGGACAAAGGUCUUCGGUUUCAUGCCCCUUGAAGAAUCAAAGAGACGCGAAAUGAUGCACAUGAGCUUAAUUGUAUUCCCUGGCACUGAUAUGUUACAAAAGCCUCUAUUGAAGAAGCAUCAAGGAACAGAAGAAAGUCAUAUUAUGUCCCCAGAUGCUAUAGCUGAGCUUAAUCCCAAACAAAAAAUAGAUGCCAUUGAGGCCUUAGAGUCUCAUUCCACAUCACUAACAUCAUCACUUGGCGGCUUCUUGGAAGAUACCCCAUCCGAAGUGAAAAGUGGAUUUGAAUCUUUUGUACAGCAGGAAGGUCUCAAGGUCCAGUAGGGCUGGCUGUACAGCCUUGUCAAUUCUGUAUAUAUAUAAAGGAUGUGCUCGAGGGAUAUGCAGUUGAACUCUUGCCUCUGGCCGGGUUAUUGUGCAGAAAAUGUGUGAAUAUCUAACUGCUGCAUUUACGGUGCGAUUUGAUGAUUGAAGAAACACCUUUUGAGGGAUUUUGCUUCUUCUCUAGUCUUUUUGUCCAAUGCAUUACAUAUUAAAAUUAGCUACGGUGCUUGGUUGGUGUCCCGAGGUGUACUUUAUGUUGUAUUAUUAUUAUUACUACAUGUAUCAUCAUCAUCAUCAUUAUUAUAUUUGAUCAUGUUUGAGAUCAGUUGAAUCUAUUCAAAUUUAUGAAAUUAUACAU